AUGGAUAAACGGUUAAUUUUUCUGAUUUUCUUUUCAGCAAUUUUAUCAUCCUUAUUUGAUUUGGCAUAUCCUAUCACCUCCGCAUGCUCUGGUAAACGUAAUUGUCAUGUUUCAUGUACGGCACUAAAUGGAUUAGUACAUGAUUGUAAUGUCACAUCUUGUACAUUCACUACUCCCGGUUCAGCUGAAAAUAGCUGUGUGGGAUCUUGUUGGGAUGCACUAGAUUAUAAUGUAAAUCAAACUUGUGAUUAUUCAUGUGGAACUGGAUGUACAUUUAGUUGUCCUAAUUGUGAAGCAACAGGUCCUAAUGCUAGUGAUUGGUUUUGUGGUAAUUGUAAAUGA